AUGGACGAUUCAUGGAUAACAUCUGGGAACGAGUCAUGGAACGCGCUUUCCUAUCAGCAAUGCGUGCGUAACGAACCCGAAGUACCACGCUCAGCACAACGUAGGAAUAUCGAGGUGAACGGCAAGGCAGGAGUGAACAUCUAUGUAGCCAGCAGCAGGACUACAGAAGCGGUAACCGUGAGUGUGAUGCUCGAGCGCGGAGUGGAUAGUUGGUUACCUCUUCUGUACAAUGCUAUACGUCAACACCAUGCUGACUCCCUGCUGUACCUGUUUUAUCUCACGCUCAUGGUUUUCCCACGUCGUUGCUACCCCACUGUCUCUGAUAAUGAUAGUUUCCCUUUCCUUUCCACUGCGGUUCCAAACGCCGACGUUGCCAAGCAGUUAAAGGAACAUCGCGGAACUGGAGUAGAGGACAAUGGACCAGUAGGCCUUAUUCGGAGGUGA